GUCCAAAAGGUGACCCUGGCCAGACUGUUACAGAACCAGGAAUUCCUGGUCCCCCUGGUCCUCCAGGAAGAAAUGGUGACCCAGGUCUUCCAGGAGAACCUGGUCAGCCAGGUCAGCGUGGCUUAUCAGGCAUCCCAGGUGCAAAGGGAGAGCCAGGUAUUCCUGGCAUUGGGCUUCCAGGUCCACCAGGCCCAAAAGGUUUCCCGGGGACUCCAGGUCCCCCCGGAGCUCCAGGAACUCCAGGUCGCCCAGGUCUAGAUGGACCUCCUGGACCACCUGGUUUCCCAGGACCAAAGGGGGAUCGUGGAUUUGGAGUUCCAGGACCACCUGGACUCCCAGGACCACCAGGCCCAAAAGGAAUUCAGGGACCUAAAGGUGAUUCUGGCUUCCCAGGAAACCCUGGUCUCCCAGGACAGGCAGGUUUUGAUGGAACUCCAGGGCCCAAAGGUGACCCUGGACCAAGUGGACCACCAGGACUCCCAGGCCCACCAGGCAUCCCUGGCAUAGGUGGUCAAGGCCUACCCGGAUCUCCAGGACCUCCGGGUCCUGUUGGCCCCCCAGGGUUGCAGGGCAUUCCAGGGGAGAAAGGGGAUCCAGGUCCUCCAGGCUUCGACAUUCCCGGUCCUCCAGGUGACCGAGGAACCCCAGGAUAUCCAGGACCCCCUGGUCUCCCCGGGCCUCAGGGUUCACCUGGAGCACCUGGCCGGGAUGGAAUACCUGGAUUUCCAGGUGCCAAAGGUGAGAUGGGUGUCAUGGGAGCUCCUGGUCCCCCAGGGCCUCCUGGAACUCCUGGAAGAAGUGGCUUGCCUGGCUUGAAAGGUAAUAAUGGAUUACCUGGUCCACCAGGACCUCCUGGACUGAUAGGACAGAAAGGUGUCAAAGGUGAAGCAGGCCUGCCAGGUACACCUGGAAAAGUUGAUCCAAACCAGCUAGGAGCAAAAGGAGAAAAAGGCGAGCCAGGUGUUCCAGGUAUUCCUGGUUUAUCAGGACAGAAGGGUUAUCAAGGUCUCCCAGGUGAUCCAGGCCCACCGGGACUUAGUGGCCCGCCAGGGGUGCCAGGAUUACCAGGCAUCAAGGGAGACAUGGGGAUUCCUGGGCAGCCAGGACCAGCAGGACCACCAGGAUUAAAAGGUGCCAUGGGAGAGAUGGGCCUUCCAGGACCUCCAGGGAUUAAAGGCAGCCAAGGAAUAGCAGGACAUCCAGGGCAGCCUGGGCCUGCAGGAUUUCCUGGACUGAAAGGAGAGAAAGGUGACCCUGGUCUUUCAAGCAUUGGUAUUCCUGGUCUCCCUGGACCAAAGGGUGAUCUUGGUUUGCCCGGAUACCGAGGUAGUCCGGGCAGUAAAGGUAUAGCUGGAAAUCCUGGUUUGCCUGGAUUUCCAGGCAGUCCAGGUGCAAAAGGAGAACCAGGCCUUCCUGGAUUCCCAGGAACACCAGGUAUUCCAGGACCAAAAGGUAUGGAGGGGCCUCCAGGUAGUCCUGGCCUGCCUGGACCACCUGGACCAGUAGGUGAUACUGGUCUUCCUGGCCCUCCUGGUCCUUCAGGGGAGAAGGGACAGCCUGGUCGAGAUGGUAUCCCUGGACCAGCUGGUCAGAAGGGCGAACCAGGUCUACCAGGUUUUGGGCACCCAGGACCUCCAGGACUUCCAGGAUUGUCAGGACAAAAAGGAGAACGGGGGUUACCUGGCCCACCGGGGACCCCUGGACUUCCAGGUCUGAAGGGAGAACCAGGUUUCCAGGGAUUCCCUGGUCUACAGGGUCCACCAGGUCCACCAGGAUUACCAGGGCCACCUCUAGAAGGUCCUAAAGGUAGCCCUGGCACACCAGGUGUUCCAGGAAGGCCAGGUCCACCAGGCCCAGAAGGUCCACGAGGGCCACCAGGCAGUGGAGGACUUAAAGGUGAAAAAGGGAACCCGGGUCAGCCUGGCCCACCAGGCCUGACUGGUCAAAAGGGAGAUCGAGGACCACCUGGACGCCAGGGGGAUCCUGGUCGUCCAGGUCUGAAUGGAAUGAAGGGUGACCCCGGGGUUCCAGGCGUUCCAGGAUUCCCAGGAAUGAAGGGCCUCACUGGACCUGCAGGACCUGCUGGCCACACAGGCAGUCAAGGACUGCCAGGUCCACCAGGUCCACCAGGUUUACCAGGUACCAUUGGACGAAGCAUUGUUGUCAAAGGUGACCCUGGUCCUCCGGGUUCUCCAGGGCAGCCUGGGUCGAAAGGGCCACCGGGAUUGCCAGGGCCACAGGGAUUGCCAGGUCCAGUUGGUCUUCCUGGUGACCCAGGGCGAGAUGGACUACCUGGUUUUGAUGGUCCAGCAGGACAUAAAGGAGAGAGAGGUCUUCCAGGCCAACCAG